CGCAGAGGAGAGGUCGCUUUCGCUCCGCUUCUCCCGGCCACCGCACGCCGUUCGGACCGAGCCGCCGCGUCGACUCGGGGGCCCCGCGCCACCGGUGACGUCACCGGCUUUCUCGCGAGUGACUUCGCGCGCGAGUAUUAUAUAGCCGCCCCGACGGGCCGGCGUCGUCGCCCGACCCAGUGCGACGACUUCAGUGCUUCGUUCGAGAACCGCGCGUCCUCUCGGUGGCCAGUGCCCGCGACUUUACCGACCGAGGACGUGCGCGCCCUUUGUUCGCGCGCCCACCGGGCCCCGUCCCGAGCCGCGCAUGGCGCGCCACGCCGAGCGGCUCACGCUCCGCGUCCCGACCCGCGCCUGCCCGGCGAAGCCGCGCUGAGAUAUCGCCCACGGACCGGACGCCGCUUGCUCGUGAUAUGCCGCGCUCCUGAGGGCGCCUCAAGGACUCGCCCUCGCGUCGGGCCAGGAAGGGCAACCCUCUGCCAGCCGAGAUGUACCCUAGCGCCGGGAUUAACGCCGCCGCCGUCGCCGCGGCCGCAGCUGCCAGGCACCCGGGCCCCCCGCAGCCUGGACAGCCGUUCAAGUUCACGAUAGGCGAGUCCUGCGACCGCAUCAAGGAGGAGUUCAACUUCCUUCAGGCGCAGUACCACAAUAUUAAGUUGGAGCUGGAGAAACUCGCCCAGGAGAAGACCGAGAUGCAGCGCCACUACGUCAUGUACUACGAGAUGUCCUACGGCCUCAACGUGGAGAUGCACAAGCAGGCGGAGAUAACGAAGCGCCUUAACGCGCUCAUCGUCCAGAUCCUGCCGUUCCUGUCCCAGGAACACCAGCAGCAAGUGGCAACGGCCAUGGAACGCGCGAAGCAGAUCACCAGCCCGGAACUGAACGCCAUAAUCGGGCAACAGAGGCCGGACCUGCCGAGGCUGCUGCAGCAGAUGCACUCCCAGCAGAUGACCACGCAGCAGAUGACCACGCAGCAAUUGACCCCGGCCGCGGGGUUGGUGCCGCACCCUGGACUGCCGGGUCUGCCGGGCCUGGGGCCCGGUGGCCUCCCGGGGCCCACCUCGGCCCCCGCCGCUCUUCUAGGCUUGGGCCUACCCCCGGGGGCCGGUGGUACCUCCGGCGGGGGCGGCGCUCACCCUCUCUCCAUGCUGGCCAAACCCGACCUCCACCGGGGACAGCCUGACGACCUCAAGCCCAACGGCGGUCUGAGCUCCGCCGAGGAGAGGCAUAGGAACUCGAUAUCGCCGGCCGAGCGUGAAAAGUACAGCAGGCCGCGUAGCACGCCGGACCCCCAGCACCACGACCACCUCCACCUGAAGAAGAUGAAGAAGGAGCAGGAUAAGGAUAUAGGGCACCAAAGCGACGGCGAAAAGAGCGAUCAAGACCUGGUGGUGGACGACGCGAGCGAAGGUCCGACCAGCCCGGCUGCGAACGGCACCUCCUCGCCGAGGGAGAACGGCCUGGACAAGUUGGGCCCCUCCUCGGUCCCCAUGAGUGGCCAGGUGAAGAAGGAGGCGCCGCCACCCUCUCCGAGGAGCGGGACCAGCAGCAACGCCAGCACGCCCUCUGCCAAGAAGAUGGAGGAGAGAGAGAAGCCGACCACGCCGAUCUCGAAGCCGGUCACCCCGACCUCCGCGGGGGGCAGCAGCUCCGGCUCCGGGGGCCUGAAGCCCCCCAGCUCCAGCAAGCCCCUGGUCUCGGCUUCGGCGGUAGGGCCCUACCCCCCGCACUAUCCGCCUCCGCACCAUCCACCCACCGGGCCACACGUGGACAUGCUCGGUUACCCUCCAGGGGCCCUCAACGGGUACCCCGCGAGGCCCCCUCUUCAGCAACUCUACGACCCCCAUGGAGGCAUGAGGGCCCCUCUGGGCCCUCUCGGAGUCCCCGGGGGCAAACCAGCCUACAGCUUCCACGUGUCGAGCGAGGGCCAGAUGCAGCCAGUGCCGUUCCCCCCGGACGCCCUGAUCGGGCCCGGCAUCCCCAGGCACGCCAGACCCAUCAACAACCUGACCCACGGCGAGGUGGUCUGCGCCGUCACCAUCUCCAACCCCACCAAGUACGUGUACACCGGGGGCAAGGGCUGCGUCAAGGUCUGGGACAUCAGUCAGGGCGGCACCGGCAGCGCCAAGCCGGUCUCCCAGCUGGACUGCCUGCAGAGGGACAACUACAUCAGGUCGGUCAAGCUGCUGCCGGACGGACGGACUCUCAUCGUCGGCGGCGAGGCCAGCAACCUGAGCAUCUGGGACCUGGCCAGCCCCACCCCGCGCAUCAAGGCCGAGCUCACCUCCUCCGCGCCCGCCUGCUACGCCCUCGCCAUCUCCCCGGACUCCAAGGUCUGCUUCAGCUGCUGCAGCGACGGCCACAUCGCCGUCUGGGACCUGCAGAGCGAGUCGCUGGUCCGCCAGUUCCAGGGCCACACGGACGGCGCCUCCUGCAUCGACAUCUCGGCGGACGGGUCCAAGCUCUGGACCGGGGGCCUCGACAACACCGUCCGCUCCUGGGACCUCCGCGAGGGUCGGCAGCUCCAGCAGCACGACUUCACCUCGCAGAUCUUCUCCCUGGGCUACUGCCCCACCGGCGAGUGGCUCGCCGUGGGCAUGGAGAACUCCAACGUCGAGGUCCUCCACGCCACCAAGCCCGACAAGUACCAGCUGCACCUGCACGAGUCCUGCGUCCUCUCGCUCAGGUUCGCCUCCUGCGGCAAGUGGUUCGUCUCCACCGGCAAGGACAACCUGCUCAAUGCCUGGCGCACUCCCUACGGCGCCUCCAUCUUCCAGUCAAAGGAGUCCUCGUCCGUGCUGAGCUGCGACAUCUCGACCGACGACAAGUACAUCGUGACGGGCUCGGGCGACAAGAAGGCCACCGUUUACGAAGUGAUAUACUGAAGCUCGCCCGCGGAGCGACCUGUUAAUACAUACUUAAAGUGUACGCUUGUUAAGAUAUUUAUGGAUCUAAAUAUACCUAGGGUAUUAAUCGCACUCGUGCUCGAGACAGUGUGCCGAGGCUCGCCCGAGGAAAGGAUCAGCUGAGACCGAAAGAUCCGCCAUUUUGAGCCCGCCCUCGAGGGCAUCGUUCGAGGCGAACCCGCGGAAAGUCUCCUUAGAGGUUAUUGGGACUCUUCAAGGUACCGGAGAAAGGAGAAAACGCGACUAAACGACUCGUCGAGGGUGAACCCUCGAUUCUAGGCGAGCACGAGGCUAACCAGGACUAUUUGCGACCUGGGCAACCGGGUUCGUCGACGGAGAGAUGACGUAAAUAGGCAUUCAAGACUUGUAUAGAAGAACAGAGUUAUAAGUAGCGAAUCGAGUUUCGCGGGCGAGGCUUCGUUAAAGCCUCGAUGGAAGAGACGCUACUCUCGUCAGGGCCGAUGAGCAAUCCGUGUAUUAUAGAUAUAUUCCUAUAGGGCGACGUAGGGACGGCGAGUCGGUGCCGGGGAUAGGAAAGGGUUAAGAAGAGCGUCGCGAGCUUGAACGCUCCCUAGGAUUUGUACGAGGUGAUAGGAGCCCCCUUGAGGACCUUCUGAUAACGGCAGGCCGUCCGCCUUGCCGUGCGAUUAUACAUAAAUAUAUAUAUAUAUAUUAUAAAUAUAUAUAAAUAUUAUACAUAGCCGCGAUACACGUGUUUGCUGCGAAUCCACGUAAUUUCUUACAUGCGUUCCCCGGAAAGGGUCGCGACGUGCACCGGAAGGCCGAUGUUCAAGUACGUAAUUACUAUCGAGGGGCCGUGGCACGUUAUCGGAGCACUGUACAGAAAACCGUCUAGAGGCCAGGUUCACUUGGAAUAGCUCGACGGUGUUAAUAUGCGUUCUACCAGGCAGAUAUUUUAUGACAUUUCCCGGAUUCUACUAGAAACUCGGCGGUCCAUUUUCUUUGUCCUUUUAAUUUUUUUUUUUUUUCGAUUAACCGCGUUUGUCCAUUUUGCGUUUUUCUGCACAGUGGUCUCGCACAUGACGAGGCGUGUCCUCAUUGACAUAGACUGUUGAAGCGUUGGCGACUUCUCCGAGUUAUGGUGUUCCCUGUAAAGUGGUUUUCCCGUUUUCGGUUACUUUCGCCUUUUACGCAUUUUAGGCGCGACCGAGACUCGCCCUGUAUAUAGAGACACGUGUUCGGCGUUUCAUUUGGGGAGCGUACCAAGUUGAUAGGAAGCUUGUACAUUAAUUUCUAGGAGCGGCAGUCUCUUUUAGGACAGAUUCGGCACACAACUUGUACACUUCCGUGCAUGUGUAAGUUCAGAUUGGCACGCGUUAACGGGAGGAAACGAGAGAGCGGGAGAGGAGAGAGACGGCAAUACGGAGAGGGCGCGACACGCGAUUUGUAUGAGGCGACACGCGACGAGAUGUUCAACGAUAUUUUUGUGAUGGUCAACUGUUAUUAACGUAAGCUUAAGCCAGGUCGAGGGCGUCGUCGGUACGCUCGGAAUCCACUUUUAUCGACAGGGUCUCGGCUCUUGGUACCGACGAAGACUCGCUCGUUCCUGUCGAUAAAUUAGGGGCCUCUAUUAGGGUUAGAUAGAGAGCGUUUUAACGCGCAGCCAGGCGUCGGACAGAUGCGUACGGAUAUUUAUAUUUUGUUACAGGAUGGCAACGAUGACACCGCCGUGGUCGCGGCGAGUUGGCAUUGCCCGUUAACGCCGUUACGCGUUGGAAGUGUCGCAGUCGAUUCGGUUUUUACACGGACAUAAUAGGGUUGUCGUUGUUUUAGAGUUAAAUCGAUCAUUAAACGCACUCCUGUUGAAUAUUUUCCAUUUUCUAGUUAGUCACCCGACGAGGGUUCUUUUCGCGAUUCUAGUAUACCGUUUACAUGAUGUACAAUGACGUACAGCAUGGUACAAGAUGGUACGUCUCUUUGCUGGCUCGAGGAUGCGUUUAAGGAUGCGAAAAUCACUCGACGCGACCACGGCCCCGGUAAAAAUAGACCAAUAGAAACAACGAUACCUCAAGAAGACUCAGUAGCUAAUUAACUCACUAACGGAUCAACUCUGUACAAAUCGAUAUUCUUUUACAGUAAACGCCAGAAGUCUUUUCCUUCUCCCCUUGGGUCAUUCCUUCGUUCCGUCGAAUUUCUGGUCGUAACCGAGCUUUGUCGGCACGCGAGCUUUCGUUUGUAUUACGUCCGAAAAGGAUAAAAGAAAGGGGAGCGAUUCCUCCUCCAAGGCAGUCUACGUUGUUCCUGUACCCGUUAGUCGGAGUCGAUGCAUUCCCUUUCUGCAGUUAGGUCGUCUGCACGCGGCAAGUGCAUGCGUGUGAGAAGAGGAAAAAGGACUUCGCGCUUCUCGUCCCUUUUACGUUCCUUUAGGAUCCCCCUUGUCCGUUUCUUCGGCCUGCCGGUCGAUCUCAUUGUUCUUAGACGUAGAUGGACAUAGUGCGGUGUAUAUCUUAUUGCCAUACUUUAAGCUGUUCUUUAUGAGAAAUAAAACGUCAAUUUUGCCAUCUUCCCAGAA